AUGAAGUUCAGGGUUUUGUUUACUCUCUUUCUCCUCACAUUUGCAAAUGGAACGUGUUAAAGAGAGGAUUUUAUUCACCAAAUUCCUUUGCUAGUUGCUGAAUUUGGAAGCAGUGUGAUUAUACCCUGCUCUCACUCAGAUAUAAAUUCUAUUUCACGGUAUAAACAUUCUAUUGGCAAGAAACCAGUUCUUACAGCAUAUUCAGAACAUGAUUCAGGAAGCGUUACAUAUAGAAAUGGCUUUGACAAGACAAAUCGAUACUUUAUCAGAAUUGGAAGUGGCUCUUUUAAUUUGAGCAUCAUUCACUUGGCAGAAUAUGAUUUUGAAAACUACUAUUGUGCUGUGAGUUUCUUGAACGUUAUUAGAUUUGGAGAAGGGACGAUCAGAGAAUGGCUCUUCUACCCAGAGCUGUGUCUACAGUCUCCCUCAGACUGA